AUGCCACAAGCCAUUUUAUUCACCGACUGGGAUGGAACAGUCACCCUUCAGGACUCCAACGAUAUGCUGACAGACAACCUUGGGAUGGGACACCCAGCCCGCAUGGUCCUCAACGACAAGUUAAUUGAAGGAACACUAAACUUCCGUGAUGCAUUCUACGACAUGUUGGCGUCUGUCUCUGACAAUGGUCACUCUUUAGAUAAAUGCAUUGGAUAUCUUCUUGAGCAUGUCCAGUUGGAUCCGGGUUUUAAAGAGACCGUAGUUUGGUGUCAUGAAAAUGACAUCCCUGUAGUUGUGGUUUCUAGUGGAAUGGACCGGGUUAUUAGAGCCCUAUUAAAAAAUCUCAUUGAAGAUGAAAAACUGCAGAAUUCUAUCCAGAUUUAUUCAAAUAGUGUCGAAACUGAUGGUGAUGAAUGGAGAAUAAUUUACAAGGACCAUUCAAGCUUUGGACACGAUAAACAUCAGAGCAUUGAGCAUGCAACUGCAAAGGCCGGUGAUGUUCCUUCAGGUAAGAGAUUUUACUGUGGCGAUGGUGUAAGUGAUGUAAGUGCAGCUAGAAGUUGUGAUUUAUUAUUUGCCAAGAGUGGCAAGGACUUGGUUAAUAUUUGCAGACGUGAUAAUAUUAACUAUAUUGAAUUCAACAGUUUCCAAGACAUUCUAGCUCAUAUCAAAAAGGUAGUUUCUACAUAA